AAGAACGUGAUCUACGUUACCUACGUGGCCUAGUUGGAGAUGGCGGAAAAUUGGAAAAACUGCUUUGAAGAGGAGCUGAUAUGUCCCAUUUGUCUGCAUGUCUUCAUUGAGCCUGUACAGCUUCCUUGCAAGCACAAUUUCUGCAGAGGGUGCAUCAGCGAGGCCUGGGCAAAAGAGACUGGUCUAGUCCGAUGCCCGGAGUGCAACCAGGCCUACAACCAGAAGCCCAACUUGGAAAAGAACCUUAAGCUCACAAACAUUGUGGAAAAAUUUAAUUGCCUCAAUGUAGAUAAGCCACCCUCCAUCCUGCACUGUGUGUUCUGUCGAAGGGGACCUCCACUUCCUGCCCAGAAGAUCUGCUUGAGAUGUGAAGCGCCCUGCUGCCAGUCCCACGUGCAGACCCACCUACAGCAGCCCUCCACUGCUCGAGGGCACCUCCUAGUGGAAGCUGAAGACGUCAGGGCCUGGAGCUGUCCACAACACAAUGCUUAUCGACUGUACCACUGUGAAGCUGAGCAGGUGGCGGUGUGCCAGUUUUGCUGUUAUUAUAGUGGUGCCCAUCAAGGACAUUCUGUGUGUGAUGUAGAGAUCAGAAGGAAUGAAAUCAGGAAAAUGCUUAUGAAACAACAGGAUCGCCUUGAGGAGCGUGAGCAAGACAUUGAAGAUCAACUGUACAAACUGGAAUCUGACAAGAGACUAGUGGAGGAAAAGGUGAACCAGCUGAAGGACGAAGUCCGACAGCAGUACGAGAGAUUGCACCAGAUUCUGGAUGAAGACAUGAGGAAAACCAUGGAUGUUCUGGAUAAGGCUCAAGCCAAAUUCUGCAAUGAGAAUGCAGCCCAGGUUCUGCAGCUAAAUGAACGUAUGCAAGAAGCCAAAAAGCUGCUGAGCUCUGUACAGGUCAUGUUUGACAAAACAGAGGACAUCAACUUCAUGAAGAAUACAAAGUCUGUGAAAAUCCUGAUGGACAGGACUCAAAACUGCACCGGGGGAAGCCUCCCUCCACCGAAAAUCGGGCAUCUUAACUCCAAACUCUUCCUGACAGAAAUUUCCAAGAAGGAGAAACAGCUGAGGAAAAUGCUGGAAGGUCCAUUCAACACACCUGUGCCAUUCCUGCAGAACAUUCCUAUGUACGCCUGCAAUGUAAGCAGCUCAGGGGCAGAAAAGCGCAAGCAUUCAACUGCAUUCCCUGAAGGCAGCUUCCUUGACCCGGCACCAGGAACUGUUAGUGGCCAGUACAUAAGCCAGGGUUCUUCCACUGGUGAGGGCCAGUCAUCGCAACCCAUGGUGCCUUGCAGCUCCACCCAGCAUAUCGUAGGACUUCCCAGCGGCCCACAGCCGGUCCACUCCAACUCUGUCUUCAACCCCUCCCACUACCCGAAUACCUCCUCAUCUCAGCAGUCUGUCCUUUCCCAGUAUGGAGGACGCAAGAUCCUGGUCUGCUCUGUGGACAACUGUUAUUGCUCCUCAGUGUCCAAUCACAGUGGACACCAGCCGUAUCCCAGGUCUGGCCACUUCCCAUGGACAGUCUCUUCCCAGGAGUACUCUCAUCCUCUUCCACCCACCCCAUCUGUAACGCAAUCUCUUCCAGGACUCGCUGUGAGAGAAUGGAUUGAUGCUUCCCAGCAGCAUAGCCGCCAAGAUUUCUAUAGGGUCUAUGGGCAGCCAGCCACCAAGCACUAUGUCACCAGUUAAGUCUUAGAGCAAGCUAGCCUUGAUAAAUAUGCAUUUCAGAAAAAAAGACUCCCUCAACCUGGAAAAGAAUAACUAGCCUUGUUUAGCAGUGGAUAACCUUUCCACUCCUGAAUAUGCUUACCAUUGGAUUGUUUCAUAACUUUUGCUUUUAUUCCGAUAACAUUUUUGGACUAUGGUGUAUGCCUUUUUCCCAUCUGAAGAGACAGUGAUUUCAUUUUUUUCCAGUGCUUUGAAGACUUCUGCUGAUCUUUUUAUCAGUUGUGCUAAAUGACCCUUAGUUUUUUUUAUUUUAUUUUUCCUUUGUGUGCGUUUUUAUUUUUUAAAUUAGUUCACUGUAUUACUUUAGAAAUUAACCGUCUCAUGUGAUAGGAGUUUUAAGUUAAAAGGCCACUUAUCAAAUAGACACUUUUUAACUUUUUUUUUCUGUUUUUAUUUUUAAAGAUAUGUGUAAAUAUACAAAGAUUAGAAGAAAAUGUACGAGUACACAGAAAAAGGGAACGGGGGUAAUUUUUUUCCCCCCCAGAAAAUCCGCAUGCUCCUGUGAAGCUUUUCGAUCAUGCAGUAAUGGACUUUCUACUCAACUGGAGCACCGAACUGCAUGUUCUAACUUUGAACAGUAGAGAAAUAUAAAUAUAUUUCUCUGUUCUGCUCCUUUACUUGAAGCCUACCCUAUCAAAUAAGACUAUAUUUUUGAAUACAUUGGAAAUUAAAAUUGCAGGGACAGGGGCAGAUGCGUUAAAAAGAUACAUGUUGUACAUAAAGGAAGAAGAAAUACAGGGUAAUUUUUUUUAACUUUUAAUCCUAUAUGUAACCCUUUAAAAUUAGUAUAUUUUUUUAACAUUCCAAAUACAUGUUAAAAAAGUGCAAUUCAAUUUUUCUUCACUUAAAAGUGGAAAGUUUUGCUUUAUAGAUGACAAAUAUCAUUUCUGGAGUGCCACAAAUGUAAUAAAAAAAAACAAAACAAACAAAAAAAACUACAAAAUGUAUGUAUGUACAGAUUAAGGUCCAAGCACUUUUUUCUCUCUUUUUGUUUUCUGCAGCAUUAACUAAUGAACCAUUUAAUGCCAUAUUGAAAUAUUACAGCAAUAAGACUUUGUACUGUAUGUUGCUAAGGGACUCUAAUGGCGGAAGAAAAAAAUACACUUGGGAAGGCACUUGAGAUGGGCGCCAGUUGGACAACUGAGCAUUGAAACUAGCAAAUACUGCAUGACAAACAGCAGAUAAUGCGCUCCUGUGAUUUCUUGCAUUUUUCUAUAUCAGUGUUGGAUCUGAAGGUAAAAUUAUCAUACCACGCUCCUCUUAAAGCAGCAGUCCCGCUUUCUUGGUCAAAA